ACUGUUUUAUCUUGGUAAAAACGAAGCAAGAUUUUGGAUUGGGUAUUGUGAAAGCUGUUUGUUUUUGUACAUGCAUGUACAAUAGUUUUAUCAGGUUUUAUUUGCUUCUAAAAUGCACAACUUACUCAGUAUCACGAAUGAACAAGAUAUCAAGCAGAUAUUCCACUUGCUUAUUGACUAUCUAUUGGAGGUACCAAAAACAAAUGGAACUAAGUUGAAACUUCAAUUGUUGCUCAAUCUCUCCAGUGCUGCAGUUGAUUUUAGCGUUACAAUAAAACUGAUAGAGUCAAUAAUCCGUCAGUAUUGUCUGGAGGAAAUCAACGAAACAGAGCUGAAGGCACAUUUUCAAGGACUCAGUGCGGGUAUGCAGCAAACCUUGUUGCGCACGGUCGACCAGCGGAAGUCGGAAAUUGCACAGUUUCUGAUCAAUGAAAUCAACGCUAGGAACAAUUUGCUGAUGGAGUCGUUCGAUUGGGACGUCAAGUGGAUUAUGGGGAAUAGCAGUGUGGCAUCGAUGCGAGAGCAAAUCGCCACGGUGGUACUAAACUGUCGCGGAAAAGAUCAACAUUUGAAGACGGUAAGGUUUGAAAUGAAACGAGAAAAGCUGAAUGAGUUAAUAAAAGUGUUAGAGGAAUGCAAUUUAGAAGAUUCCAAAUAAGGUAAGAUACGCAUUAUAAAUAAGAGAAAACUAUACAUAAAAAUAUUUUAUUUUCGACCUA